AAAUUCAAAACAAAAACCGGCUCUUAAUUUUUUUUUUUUCAUAAAAUUAAGCAAAAACCUCAAAAACAAUGUCAGAAGAAGAUCAAAAAGAGUACACGUUGGAAGUUGACAAUGAACUCCGUUUCGAGAUAGAGACAAAAAACAAAUCUUGCACUGUAACCCUCGCUUCGGGGAUGGCAGAAUUAUUCGGAACUGAAAUGGUCAAAGGAAAAUCUUACGAAUUCACGGAUGGAGCGAAAGUUGCCAUUUUCAGCUAUCACGGAUGCAAACUUCAGCUCAAAGGGUACACGGAUGUGUGUUAUAUUGCCAAAGAAACGCCCAUGAUUCAAUACUUGAAUUGUCACGCCGCUUUGGAGCAACUUCGAGUCAAAGCUGAGGAAAAGAACAAACGAGGGCCUGUCGUGUUAAUUUGCGGUCCAACAGACGUUGGAAAGUCAACUUUGUGCAGAAUUUUUCUCAAUUACGCCGUUCGCAAUGGACGACGACCACUUUUUGUCGAUUUGGAUGUCGGGCAAGGAAGUAUCGCCAUUCCCGGGACAAUUGGAGCUCUUUUAAUCGAACGUCCUGCGGCAAUAGAAGAAAAUUUUUCGCAACAAGCACCUGUUGUUUAUCAUUUUGGACAUAAAUCGCCGGGAGAUAAUCAAGCGUUGUACGAAAUUUUGGUAAAAAGAUUGGCGGAAGUCACUCAGCUGCGUUUGGAAAGCGAUAAAAAGGCAAAUUAUUCGGGAAUGAUCAUCAAUACUUGCGGAUGGGUCAAAGGCGGAGGAUAUAAAGCCUUGUUACAUGCGGCAAAUGCCUUCGAAUGUGAUGCCGUUUUCGUUUUAGAUCAAGAAAGGCUCUAUAAUGAGCUACUUCGGGACUUGGGAAAAGACAAACAAGUCGUUUAUUUGCCCAAAAGCGGAGGCGUUGUCGAAAGAUCGCGUGAAGGACGAACUGAAGCACGUGAUCGACGAAUUCGAGAAUAUUUCUAUGGCACAGUAAAAGCUCCUUUGUAUCCCCAUUCGUUCGACGUGAAAUGGUCUGAGAUGAAAGUCGUCAAAAUUGGCGCUCCAGCGUUGCCUGACAGUUGCAUGCCGCUCGGAAUGAAGGCAGAAGAUAACAUGACGAAGAUCGUGCAAGUUCAACCCGGCACGAAUCUCUUGCAUCACGUGCUGGCUGUGAGUUUUGCCGAAUCAACGGAAGACGAAGUCAUUACGAGUAACGCUGCGGGAUUUAUUUGUGUCACGGAUGUCGAUACGGAUCGUCAAACUUGCACAAUUCUCUCGCCCGAACAACGUCCGUUGCCUAAUACGCUGCUUUUGUUGUCAGAAAUUCAAUUUAUGGACAGUCAUUAAGAUAAAUUUUGACUAAAAUAUGAAGAAAUGUACAAAUUUUAUUAAAAAUUAAAGAAAAA